AUGGUUGAGCGUCGCCGUGCUGCUCUUGAAGAAAUUGACAACGCAAAGUUUGGUUGGUUCCACAUUCGCGCUUGUAUUGUGUCUGGUAUCGGUUUCUUCACCGACGCCUACGAUAUCUUUGCCAUCAAUCUGGUAUCCACCAUGAUUGGUUUUGUCUACUUUGCCGAAAAUAACUCCCAAACCCCUCACAAUGUUGACACUGCCAUCAAGGUGUCUUGUUCGGUCGGAACCGUCGUUGGCCAGCUUCUGUUCGGUUAUCUUGCCGAUCGUGUCGGUCGUAAGCGCAUGUAUGGUAUCGAAUUGAUGAUCAUCAUCAUUGGUACAAUCGGUCAAACCUUGGUCGGAAAUGGCCCAGCCAUGUCGUUCUGGGCCGCAAUCACCUUCUGGCGUAUCAUCGUAGGUAUCGGAAUCGGUGGUGACUAUCCUCUCUCGUCCGUAAUCACUGCCGAAUUUGCCACAACCAAGCGCCGUGGUGCCAUGAUGGCCGCCGUAUUUGCCAUGCAGGGUAUCGGUCAGCUCUCUGCUGGUCUGGUUGGUCUCAUUGCCACCGCAGGUUACAAGAAUGCCAUCCACGCCGAUCAGGCCAACCUCGACAGCGUAUGGCGUAUCGUUAUCGGUAUGGGCGCCGUCCCUGGUACCAUUGCACUCUACUACCGUCUCACUAUUCCUGAAACCCCUCGCUUUACCAUCGAUGUCGAGCAGAAGAUCGAGAAGGGUAUCAGUGAUGCAAAGGCCUUUAUCGAACACGGUGCCUCCAACGGCGACUACACCGACAACAUUGCUGUUGCCCGUGCAAACACAUCUCCAAAGGCAUCCUGGAGCGACUUCUGUCGCUUCUUUGGCCAGUGGAAGAACGGAAAGAUCUUGUUGGGCACAGCUUAUUCCUGGUUUGCUCUCGAUGUCGCAUGGUACGGUCUGGGCCUCAACAACUCCAUCAUUCUGCAGAACAUCGGUUUCGCUGGUGACGGUGACCCGUACAACACCGUCUACCGUGUCUGUGUGGGUAACAUCAUCAUCAACUUGCUCGGCUCUGUACCUGGUUACUGGAUCUCGGUCUUUACUAUCGACAGACUUGGCCGCAAAUUCAUCCAGAUCAUGGGCUUCACUAUGCUCACCAUUAUGUUUAUCAUCCUUGGUUUUGGAUACAACGCCAUUCUUGCAAAGUCAUCUACCCUCUUCAUCGUGCUCUACGCAAUCACCCAGAUCUUCUUCAACUUUGGUCCCAACACCACCACCUUUAUCGUUCCUGGUGAAUGUUUCCCUACUCGUUAUCGGUCUACUGCCCACGGUAUCUCUGCCGCCUCUGGAAAGGUUGGCUCGAUUGUUGCCCAGGUUGGCUUUGGUCUCUUGAAGGAUAUUGGCGGCUCAAACAAGUGGAUCAACCAUCUCCUCCAGCUCUUUGCCUUCUUUAUGCUUACCGGUAUCUUCUCGUCUUUCUUGAUCCCCGAAACAAAAGGCAAGUCUCUCGAGGAGCUUUCUGGAGAAGACCAGUACGACUCGAGACCCACCAACAAGACCGUUAGUGACGAAGACAUCAAGGUGUCCUACUAA